GAGGCGGAGAGAUUGACUUCCGUGUUGUAGCUUUAGUCUCGGUGUCUUCUCCUUCAUCAUGGGUGCGUGUAUGGCCCUGUGCUCGCUGGCGAGCUGCGCGUCCUGUCUGUGCGGCUCUGCGCCCUGUCUCUUAUCCGGAUGCUGUCCCUCUACAUACAGCUCCACUGCGAGCCGCCUGGCCUUCUCCUUCUUCCUGCUGCUGGGGACUGUAGUGUCCAUCAUCAUGAUCCUGCCCGGCAUGGAGACACAGCUCAAGAAGAUCCCUGGCUUUUGUGAAGGAGGCUCUUCUAUACCUGUAUUUGAAGGGAAGGUGAACUGUGAGAUCAUUGUUGGCUAUAAGUCGGUCUACAGGAUGUGCUUUGCCAUGGCCUGUUUCUUCCUCCUCUUCUCCAUCAUCAUGAUCCGUGUGAGAAGCAGCAAGGAUCCACGAGCCACAAUUCAAAACGGUUUCUGGUUCUUCAAGUUCUUGAUUCUGGUCGCUCUUACAGUGGGAGCUUUCUUCAUUCCAGAUGGGGCUUUCAACACAGCCCUGCUCUCAUUCACACUGGUGCACUAUAUCUGUGCCUUUGCUGCUGUGGUUUUGUUCUAUAUAUUCUACACACAGCCGGAUGACUGCGCCGAGCACAAAGCCUUCAUCAGCCUCAACCUCAUCUUCUGCAUCAUUGUGUCUGUGGUGGCCGUUCUUCCAAAAGUGCAGGAGGCUCAGCCGAGCUCUGGUCUGCUCCAGGCGUCUCUCAUCUCUCUCUACACCAUGUAUCUCACAUGGUCUGCGAUGAGCAACAACCCCAAUCGUAAGUGUAACCCGAGUCUGUUGAGGCUGGUCAGAGGCGGGCCGACGGCAGUCACUCCCACCAGUGCCCCCGGCAUCCAGACGCAGUGGUGGGAUGCCCAGAGCAUUGUGGGGCUGGUCAUCUUCCUCCUGUGCACACUGUAUGCCAGCAUUCGCUCCUCAAACAACAGUCAGGUGAAUAAGCUGAUGCAGACAGAGGAAGUUCAGGGGCUGGCGGCCGGCGAUGCCAGCGAGGGCGUCUCUGAGGACGGCGUGAGGCGCGCUCUGGAUAACGAGGAGGACAGCGUCACAUACAGCUACUCCUUCUUCCAUUUCUCCCUCUUCCUGGCCUCCCUCUACAUCAUGAUGACCCUGACCAACUGGUACCAACCCGAAACAGACUACGCAGCCAUGAAAACCAGCAUGCCGUCUGUGUGGGUGAAGAUCUGCUCGAGUUGGCUGGGACUGGUGCUGUACCUCUGGACUCUGGUGGCUCCGCUAAUCCUGUCUGACCGAGACUUCGACUAAACACGCAGAAGAUUCAAAAAGUGGCCUUAUACUGAAGCAAUACUCCUUAUGCCAAACCAUAUGCAGAGUUCACUUAUUUACUACAUUACAGAAGUUAUUGUUAAUCUUUAAGAUGCGCUGAGCUCUUGAGCUAUGCACACUUGUUAACCUUCAUGACGCUUUUCAUACACUUUUGUUGUUACAAAAUCAUAAACUGUUAACAAAUAUCCUCAAAUCUACCCUUAGAAAGCCUGUUUUAGGUGAUUAUUCAUAUAGGUAAAGUCGCAUAAAUGGGACGCUCAUUAUUUUGAUGUAUACUUCAAUUCACAUAUGUACACUGUUUUAACAUCCUUUUAUGGAUAUUUCAUAGUCUUUUAUAUUUGUCUUGGGUCCAGUUUUGUUACAAAUUGCACUACAUUUGAUCGAAUCAAAGUUGAGUGUUCAGUGGAUUGCCAGAUUGCCUCAUACAUCAAGAUGCUUAUUUUGAGAAAGAUGCGUUUAUGUAGAGCUGUAUCCGUUUAGUUUUGAAGCAUUAUUUUAUGAGCUUUAAGAUGACACUCCUCCUGACCAAAAGUUUUUAGCUCUGUUCUUUUGUAUUUGUACUUUUAUUCAUUCUUGUAAAACUGAU